AUGCAAGAACGGUUUCUAUUUACGUCUGAGUCUGUAGGAAAAGGCCAUCCAGAUAAACUAUGCGAUCAAAUAAGUGACGCAAUAGUGGAUGCAUGUUUAAAACAAGAUAAUUUCUCUAGAGUGGCAGUUGAUGCUGUAAUAAAGUCUGGAUUGGUUCUUUUGGUUGGAGAGCUUACCACUAAAGCAGACAUAAACUUUGAUGAAAUCACACGAAAUGUUCUGAGGAACGCAGGAUACACUGCAGAUUGGGGGCUCGAUCCAGAUGCAUGCACUGUGCUGACAAACAUCACACAGCAAAGCAUGGACAUAUCAAAUGGAAUAGAGCAGACAAACGAGGACAAAUGGGACCUGGGAGCUGGUGACCAAGGAAUUAUGUUUGGAUACGCCACUGAUGAAACAGAAGAAAAAAUGCCGAUGACCACACACCUCGCACAUAAACUAGCAUACCAUCUGAAUAUACUCAGAACUGAAGUAGAUUGGCUGGGACCAGACAAUAAAACACAAGUCACAAUGGAGUACAUAGAAGGAUACGAAACAGUAGGCAGCGAAGUAGAAAACCAGAAUAACUCUGAUGAGUCUGGUGUACAUGCAUCUGAAAAAAGUAUUAAAGUUCUGCGGCCUGUUAGAGUGGACAGUAUUGUUAUAUCCGCUCAGCACAAAGAAAGUGUUACUACUGAAUACAUCCGGGAGUACUUAAAAACCAACCUUAUUGAAAAAGUAAUUGAUUCAGAGCUAUUAAAGGACACUAAAUACAUUCUGCAGCCAAGUGGUAAGUUUGUAGUGGGUGGACCUAAGGCAGACUCUGGUCUUACUGGAAGAAAGCUAGUAGUAGACUCUUACGGUGGAUGGGGUGCCAAUGGAGGAGGUGCAUACUCUGGAAAAGACUGGAGCAAAGUCGAUAGAAGUGGUGCAUACAUGGCCAGGUGGAUUGCUAAGUCAUUAGUAUCCAGUGGUCUCGCUAAGCGUAUUUUAGUGCAGAUUUCUUAUGCUAUUGGUGUAAAAGAUCCAAUUUCUCUAUAUGUGAACAGCUAUGACAGUUCAGAAUACGACAAUGCAGACAUUCUAAAGAUAGUUCAGAAUAACUUUAACUUACGUCUAGGAAACAUCGUUAAAGAGUUAAGCUUGGACAGACCAAUAUACAAGAACACUGCAGUAUUUGGCCAUUUCGGUAGAGAAGAGUUCCCAUGGGAGAAAGUAAAAGUGCUGGAUAUUCCAAGUGAUCUGCAAAAAGUAAAAAGAGUUAAUAGGGGAUAAAACAUUCUAAAUACACAAAUGCAAGCAUA